GGGCGGGGUGCUAAAGGGCGCCCGCGACGUCGGCGGCGGUGGCGCGCGGCGGCUGCGGCGGAGGAGGAGGCGGCGGCGGCGGCGUCUACGGCCUCGGGUCGAGCCCUACGGCCCGUCCCCCCUUCCCUCGGCCGCCACCCCGCUGCCCCCCGCCCUCCGCCCCGCUGCCCCUCUCCGGCGCCGGGCCGGUCCUGGUCGCCUCGCGCGUCGGGUGGCGGGUGUGCGCAGGCGCGGCGGGGGCGCUUCGCCCCUUUGGUUGGGCGGCGGAGCCCGGGAGCGCGCGGGCGAGACCAUGGCGGGCAGCGGCGCGGGGGGCGGUGGUGUCGGGGAGACGAAGGUGAUUUACCACCUGGAUGAAGAAGAGACCCCGUACCUGGUGAAGAUUCCCGUCCCCGCGGAGCGCAUCACCCUGGGCGAUUUCAAGAGCGUCCUGCAGCGGCCCGCGGGCGCUAAGUACUUUUUCAAGUCAAUGGAUCAGGAUUUCGGGGUGGUGAAGGAGGAGAUUUCAGAUGACAGCGCCCCUCCCUGCUUCAACGGAAGGGUGGUGUCCUGGCUGGUGUCAUCGGAUAACCCCCAACCCGAGGCGGCUCCCCCAGCCCACGAGCCUCGGACCGAGCUGGCACCACCGCCGCCACCGUUACCCCCUUUGCCGCCGGAGAGGACCAGUGGCAUCGGCGACUCCAGACCUCCAUCCUUCCACCCACUGAUGCGGGCCCGCGAACCAAACCUGGAGCCCGAGACAGAAACGGAGUCGGUGGUGUCUCUGCGGCGGGAACGGCCUCGCCGGAGAGACAGCAGUGAGCAUGGCGGUGAGGGGGGGGGCGGCCCGAGGCCGGGUCCUCCGGGAGCCCGGGGAGGGCGGUGCGUGGGAGUAAGGAGGGGGGACAGCUUUCCUGAGGUGCCCGUUCAUGCUCAGCGGGGGGGCCACAGGCCUGGCGGCCCCUCGAGGCUGGAGCGCCACCUGGCCGGGUACGAGAGCUCCUCGACGCUCAUGACCAGUGAGCUGGAGAGCACCAGCCUGGGCGACUCUGACGACGACGACACCAUGAGCAGGUUCAGCAGCUCCACGGAGCAGAGCAGCGCCUCCCGCCUCCUGAAGCGCCACCGGCGGCGGAGGAAGCAGCGGCCGCCCCGCCUGGAGAGGGCCUCGUCCUUCAGCAGCGUCACCGACUCCACCAUGUCCCUCAACAUCAUCACGGUCACGCUCAACAUGGAGAAGUACAACUUCCUGGGCAUCUCCAUCGUGGGCCAGAGCAACGAGCGGGGCGACGGCGGCAUCUACAUCGGCUCCAUCAUGAAGGGGGGCGCCGUGGCGGCCGACGGGCGCAUCGAGCCGGGCGACAUGUUGCUACAGGUGAAUGACGUGAACUUCGAGAACAUGAGCAAUGACGACGCGGUGCGGGUGCUGCGGGACAUCGUGCACAAGCCGGGCCCCAUCGUGCUGACGGUGGCCAAGUGCUGGGAUCCCUCUCAGGCCUACUUCACCCUUCCUCGGAAUGAGCCCAUCCAGCCCAUUGACCCUGCUGCCUGGGUGUCCCACUCCGCCGCGCUGACAGGCACCUUCCCAGCCUAUCCAGGCUCCUCGUCCAUGAGCACCAUGACAUCGGGGUCCUCUCUGCCUGACGGUUGUGAGGGGCGGGGUCUCUCCAUCCACACAGACAUGGCGUCUGUGACCAAGGCCAUGGCAGCUCCCGAAUCUGGACUGGAAGUUCGGGAUCGCAUGUGGCUCAAGAUCACCAUCCCUAACGCCUUCCUGGGCUCGGACGUAGUUGACUGGCUUUACCAUCACGUGGAAGGCUUUCCUGAGCGCCGGGAGGCCCGCAAAUACGCCAGCGGGCUGCUCAAGGCUGGCCUCAUCCGACACACGGUGAACAAAAUCACCUUCUCUGAGCAGUGCUAUUACGUGUUCGGGGACCUCAGUGGCGGCUGUGAGAGCUACCUGGUCAACCUGUCCUUGAACGAUGACGGUUCCAGCGGGGCUUCGGACCAGGACACCUUGGCCCCUCUGCCUGGGGCGACCCCGUGGCCCCUGCUGCCCACCUUCUCCUACCAGUACCCAGCCCCGCACCCAUACAGCCCCCAGCCGCCACCCUACCAUGAGCUCUCAUCCUACACCUACGGCGGGGGCAGUGCCAGCAGCCAGCACAGUGAGGGGAGCCGGAGCAGUGGGUCAACACGGAGCGACGGGGGGGCGGGGCGUACGGGGAGGCCCGAGGAGCGGGCCCCCGAGUCCAAGUCCGGCAGCGGCAGUGAGUCCGAGCCCUCCACCCGGGGGGGCAGCCUUCGGCGGGGCGGGGACCCUGGUGGGGCUGGUGAUGGGGGCCCGCCCCCUUCCAGAGGCUCUUCGGGGGGCGCGCCCAAUCUCCGAGCCCACCCCGGGCUCCAUCCCUACGGACCACCCCCUGGCAUGGCCCUCCCCUACAAUCCCAUGAUGGUGGUCAUGGUGCCCCCGCCCCCACCCCCCGUGCCUCCAGCAGUGCAGCCCCCGGGGGCCCCUCCGGUCAGAGACCUGGGCUCUGUGCCCCCGGAGCUGACCGCCAGCCGCCAGAGCUUCCACAUGGCCAUGGGCAACCCCAGUGAGUUCUUUGUGGAUGUUAUGUAGAGCACGUGGCGGGCCCGUCCAGUCAGCGCUUGGUGCCUCUGUCCUGUGCUGGGGGUCUCGUCCGUCAUGUGCCUGGCACUCCUCUGGCCCGGCUCAGCCCAGCCUGCGGGCUGCUGGGAGGCGGCCGCCCCUGGGACUCUCACCAGCAGUGCCUGGUUCCUCCCCUUUCUCUCCGGGGGUGCGCAAGGGACCUUGGGUUAUUUUUAGCUUUACUGUUUUUGUACGCCUUGGGGGGGGGGGGGGGUUGAAGCAGACUUUUGUACGUUUUUCGGACUAUUUUUUUAGUAGAUGUUUCUCUUUUUAUACGAAGAACCUCUAUCUCCUGGGCCCUUCCCAACCCCGAAAUGUGACCUCCUCCUCUGUCCGUCCAACUCUGUCCUGUGCAGGGUAGCGGUGGUCAGCGGUACCCUGGGAGGAGGAAGGGCCGGGCACCCUAGACAGCAAAGGAAGGUGCGGUGUUCGGUCUCGGGGGCCCGUGUAGCUGCUUUUGUUACUCUAUUUAUUUAGUCACCUGUAUAAGACACCAAAUAAAGCAAUAGAGGCCAACUG